UUGGUGGUUUGCGGCUGUCGCCAUCGGUUCACUCCAAGUAUUUGGGAACGAUUGGACUAUACAGCCAAGUCGUGAUUGGAUCAAGUCCGCUGUCAAAGUCCUGGGAAGAAACACUGAAGAGUCAACUCAGAGAGUGCUAAGCCUAUUCGUGGAGAAAUGGAAUAUUGCAAGCGUGGUCGAUAUCACCCCCCUCACCGAUGACAGGACAUGGCUGGAAAACCGCUCCCGCCGACGUCAAGUUUAGUGUUCUUUUCGAAUGAUCUGACUUUUCGUGUUAUUGCCUUACACAUCAUGCAUCAUGCGGUUUUUACUCUUAGAUCCGGCACUUCACUGCCAACGCUGGAACCCCCUACAUGCAGACGCAUGCCCCAGAACCCACCCAUUACCCGAACCCGGUGACAGAUGUCGUCCACGAAAGCCCGGCUUCUUCAAAUCUUCCUGAGAUUCCGGGCACAGCUACUCAGCCAUCAAAUGCUCACCCCGGCCACCAUCCGAUGUCGCAUCAACGAACGGAUAGCGGUAUACUUCCGCCCCCCAUCACACUAUCUGAAACAACAAUUCGCCCCAGCAUUACUAUUGUACAAGAUGUACCUUCACAGCGAGGACGCCCCCGCCGAAGUAACCCCACAGCACCAGAACCGGAUCCCAGGAGUGCUGAUGGCGCCCUAAGGGGUCCCAGCCAUACACCACCGUCACUACCCGAUCGCGCCCAAGCUCUGCCUUCAGCAUUAGGAUUCCACACUGGCAACACCCCUCCCCCAUCGUAUACAGUUAGUGAAGACCUUUCUCAUGAACUAAAUGGACCGCCCUCCGAGUAUUCCGUUAGUCCACAACUGUCCCGGCGCAGUACAUACACAAGCACUGCCAGCACUCAACCUGCGUCACUCCAUGGUCCAGAGCAGGGAAGAGAUUAUUGGAAUUUACCGGAACGGGUGACUGUAUAGCCUCCUAACCUGUUUGUAAGGAAUACUGACAUCGGUACGCAUC